AUGGGGUUCCUCUCCGCCGGUGGUGCCUCCCCGUCGUCGUCCCUGCUGUGUGAAGAGACCUCCCUGCUGUGUAAAGAGACCAUGGACGACGUUUUUGGGUGCAUUGACGGCGAGGGGGAGCUGCCGGAGCUGGGGGCGGCGGGCCUUGAUUUCCUGGCCUUCCCAUUGGAGAGCGAGGAGGUUGUAGCGUCUCUGAUGGAGAAGGAGAAGGAGCAGCUGGUUCAUGUUACAGCGGGGAAUUACCUGCAGAGGUUGAACAGCGGAGGAGUGGUGUCCUCUUGGAGGAUUGCUUCCAUUGAUUGGAUCAACAAGCCUGAGAAGCCCUGGGUGCAGCAGCUACUCUCAGUUGGCUGCCUAUCCAUUGCAGCCAAGAUGGAGGAGACUCUAGUUCCUCGGUGUCUAGACUUCCAGUUUUGCAGUGAGAAGUACAAGUUCGGCACAGAAUCUAUUAAGAAUAUGGAGAUUUUUGUUAUGAGCUCUCUGAAUUGGAGGAUGCAAGCUGUGACCCCAUUCUCAUACAUCAACUAUUUCAUGGACAAGUUCACCCAGGGGAAGCCAUUGAGUUGUGGAUUUGCUUCACGGUGCACUGAGCUCAUCCUUGGCACUCUGGAAGCAACUAAGUUCCUCCAAUUCAGACCUUCUGAGAUUGCAGCAGCCGCAGUUCUCUCAGCAGCUACUGAAAGUCACGCUGUUGACUUCAGCAGCGCUCUUAUAGCUUCUAACAUCCCUGUCAAUAAGCAAACUGUGAGGAGAUGCUAUGAAGCAAUGCAAGAGGUCCGAUUAGUGAAGAAGAGCGAAGAAGGCAAUGCGAGUCCUUCAGUUCCAAAGAGCCCAUAUGGUGUGCUGGAUGCCUCAUGCUUCAACUUCAAGGCUGAUGAUAGCCAGACACCAGGGUCAUCGCAAACGGACAGCGACAACAACAACCAUGUUUACACUGCAGCUAACAAGAGGACAAAGCUAGACGCCUAG